GACACAGCGGCUGGCCUGGCCUUCCGCUACGUUCUGGACCUCAGUUCGACUCGAAUGCAGGUCGUCUCGGAGGUGGAGGCGGUGCUGGUCAAGAAUUUGGUGGAUUUGCUCACGAAGUGCGGCGACACGAUGGGGGCGAGGAAGCAUCAGUCCAUCCUGGACCAGAAGCGCCGUGCUGCUGCAGCCCCAGCUGUUCCGCUGCAGGCCAAGGUCAACAAGGCUUUCCACGAUCUUCGCCAGCUUCGUGAGCGCACCGACAAGGCCUGCAAUGUCUACGAGAAGAUGGAGGCUGAGUUGGCUGUGCAGCGGAGCCGAAUUCAGACCCUCACGAACGAGCUCAAGCAGGCUGAAGAGGUGCACACGGCCCUGGUGGAGCAGCUGCACAAAGAAGUCGCUCCCCCCUCGGUUCCAGGCCCGCCUCCCGCCGCUUGUUUGGACAUUGCGGCCAUCAUCCAGGGCAAGGCUGAGGAGAUCCCGAUUUCGAUUGACUCACUGCUGGCUCCUCAGCAUGACUACGAGAUCGCGGGCGAUGACCUCGAGGAGGCAAAUCGCAGGGCGCAGGAGCUCAAGCAGUCUCUUCAGGAUGCUGUUCGCAAGUUGUUCGGAGAUGCGCUGGUCAGGGCCAAAGCCUUCCAGGCUGACCAGAAGAAGAUGCUCGAGAG